AUGUUUCUGUUUCUAUCAUCAGUACCAUUACACCUCUUAUUCAACUCGGUCGUUUUUACACAGCUCCAGGCAAAUGAAUAUUUUGUUUUACCUACCAUGGUGGAUUGGAUUCAAGGGAGAGAAUAUAAUUUUGACAAUUUCGACAACUUCACGGACAUCGAAAGUUUGCGGAACAAAACUUGGAUAAGAGAUUUCGAGCCGUAUCGCAUCGAGAUUGACGACACCGUAAAAUUGAGCAAUGGGACUACUGUACCCAUGUAUCAGAACAUGACUGCAGCGGAGUGUUUCAGCAAGUACGGUAGUCACUACGUUUCAGACGUUGGUAAUAUCUACCUGAUCCAAGCGCAACCAACAGUAUGGAGAAACCCCGAGAAAUGGGAACUCCGCCGAUUAGAACUGGGAGGUUUUGAAUGGGCGCAGAUCACAAAUGAUUCAACGCUCAUGGACAACGAGAAUGACAGUUACCAACGAGUGGAUUUUAACGCUACCCUCCCCUUUCCAAGCUCACCGCGCAGAUACCCAUCUAAUGUAUGGCGAUGUCAGUCACACUCAUCAACAGGAUGCGAUCCGGGUGACGAAAGCGAGAUCCCACGGGAUAGAUCGCAAUGGAAGCCGUACGGAAGCGAUCUAUCAUACUGUCUAGUUGAACAGGUCGAAGAGUUCUGCGAGUUACAAUUCAGCUUUGUGAUUGCGAUUCUGGUUAUCAUAGCCAACUUGGUCAAAGCCACUUGUAUAGCUAUUACCCUCUGGAAAUGCGGAGGUCAUGCCGCAUUCGUAACCAUUGGGGAUGCCAUUGCCAGUUUUCUUGACAACCCGGACCCCUCGACGAGCGGACGCUGUCUGCAAACCCGGCGCCAUGUGGAGUUGUGGUGGAAUUGGAACCAAUGGGCCAUGGACAACCAUAAUAUUGCAAUGAAUAGAGAUCGCAGAAGGUUCAGGCCAAGAAGACGUACAUGGGCAAUGGCGCCUAGUGAAAGGAGAUGGGUUGCUACGUACUGGUCUUACAGCGCCUUGUUCGUAGCUGGCAUUCCCCUAGCAGUUCUAGCAUUGAGAAACAUGCCACGGGACCCUAAAAGAUUGUGGGAAACUGGGUUUGGCACCAUCCAGGGCAACAACCUACUCAACUUUGACACAUCGCUCAUGGGCGGCGUACUCCUAGCCAAUACGCCCCAAGCGCUCCUUUCCUACAUGUAUCUCGCUUUCAACGCGCUCUACACAACCAUGUUCAUCUCGUCGGAAUGGGCGAGUUACAGCGUUGAGCGUAAGCCUUUGCGCGUCACAUCGCCUGUAGGCCAGCAGCGCCAUACGUACUGGCUCGGUGUGCCGUACCGCUACGCAAUACCAGUGACACUGUUGUCUGGCCUCUUCCACUGGCUCGCCUCGCAAAGUCUGUUCAAGGUACAGAUCUCCGUUACCGAAAUGUACACACGGCGAGUCAAAGACCAGAUCUCGACAUGUGGUUACUCGCCCGUUCCUAUCAUACUGACAAUGGUUGUUGCGACUGUUAUUGCAGCAACUGGCAUUGCUAUUAGUAGGAUACGUUUCCCGUCAGGUAUUCCCCUGGCAGCUAGCAACUCAGCGGCUAUCAGUGCUGCGUGUCAUCCGCCAAAGGAAGAUGGCGACGCCAGUGUCCUGCCAGUACAAUGGGGUGCGGUUAGUCAUGGAAAUGAUGGGGAAUUUAAUAGAGAUGAGCAUAUCGGGCAUUGUUGUUUCACCAGUUUUCCGGUUGAGUCUCCGAUUGAGGGGCAUUUGUACCAAUAG